CUCGCUCGUCAGUAUCCGGGGGGAAAUAAACCCUAAUUGGCUUCAUUUGGCAGCUGGCUGGCGGCGGGCUCUGGAGGUGGCAGCACCUCCUGCAGGUCACAGUCAUGCGGUGCAGGGUUCAGAGACUCCAGUGACGGUGAGGAACAAAUCAGAAGCCACCGGCUAACUGGGGCUGUGCCCCUCCUCACCUGAGCUCCUUCUCUGCCACGGGGCUCGGUGCCCAGCCCGACUCCCAGCCUGUGUCUAACGGGAGAUUCCCUGGCAGCUGCCCCGAGAGGCUGCACUCCUCUGGGCUUGCUGCUGCCUGGCUGGAACGAGCCCUCGUCCCAUAACUCUUCCCAGGGCUGCAGCUGAGUCCAGUCUCCACCCAUCACAGCCCUGGAUGGUCUUUGCCCCCAAAUCCAGAUCUUAACUCCACGUUCUGCCUGUCUGUCCCACCACCGACUCCUCCGAGCAAGGACCCUGCCCAUCCCGCCCUGCGCCAGGAUGAACGAGAUCCCGGACCUGGCGUCCCAGUCCUCCCUGGGGGUGGUCUCUGCCACCUGUGUCUCCAAAGUGGAGCUGCGGGUCAGCUGCAAACACCUGCUCGACCGGGACACGCUCAACAAGUCAGACCCCUGUGCGGUGCUGCUCAUGCAGUCCCAGGGCCAGUGGAUGGAGGUGGACAGGAGCGAGAUCAUCAAGAGCAACCUGCACCCCGUCUUCUCCAAGGUCUUCACGGUGGACUAUUACUUCGAGGAAGUGCAGAAGCUGCGGUUCGAGGUGUACGACAGUCACGGGCACUCCAGCCUCGGGACACACGACGAUGACUUCCUGGGGGGCAUGGAGUGCACCGUGGGCCAGAUCGUGGCCCAGAAGCGGGUGACCAAGCCGCUGUUUCUCAAGUACGGGAAGUACGCCGGCAAGUCCACCAUCACGGUGCUGUCAGAGGAGAUUUCCGGCAACAAUGGCUACGUGGAGCUGGCAUUCCGGGCCAAGAAGCUGGACGACAAGGAUCUCUUCAGCAAGUCGGAUCCUUUCCUGGAGCUCUACCGGAUCAACGACGACGGGAGCGAGCAGCUGGUGUAUCGCACCGAGGUGGUCAAGAACAACCUGAGCCCCGUGUGGGAGCCGUUCAAGGUCUCGCUGAACUCGCUGUGCAGCUGCGAGGAGAAGAGGAAGCUGAGGUGUGUCGUCUGGGACUACGACUCCCGGGGAAAACACGACUUCAUCGGAGAGUUUUACACCACGUUUGAGGAAAUGCAGAAAGCGAGUGGGGAGAACAAGGUGCAGUGGGACUGCAUGAACCCAAAGUACAAAAUCAAGAAACGAAAUUACAAGAACUCAGGCGUGGUCAUCUUACUGGAUCUGAAGCUCCACAGGGUCUACUCCUUCCUGGAUUACAUCAUGGGCGGAUGCCAGAUCCACUUCACGGUGGCUAUUGACUUCACAGCGUCAAACGGAGACCCUCGGAACAGCUGCUCUCUCCACUACAUCAACCCCUACCAGCCCAACGAGUACCUGAAGGCACUGGUGGCAGUGGGAGAGAUUUGCCAGGACUACGACAGCGAUAAGAAAUUCUCCGCCUUAGGGUUUGGUGCGAGGAUCCCACCCAAGUACGAGGUUUCCCAUGAUUUCGCCAUCAACUUCAAUCCGGAUGAUGACGAGUGUGAAGGAAUUCAGGGCGUGGUGGAAUCCUACCAGAACUGCCUGCCGAAAAUCCAGCUCUACGGCCCCACCAACGUGUCCCCCAUCAUCUCCAAGGUGGCCAGGGUGGCGGCGGCGGAGGAGAGAACGAAGGAGGCCUCUCAAUACUACAUCCUGCUGAUCCUGACGGACGGGGUGGUGACCGACAUGGCGGACACGCGGGAGGCCAUCGUGCGGGCCUCCUACCUCCCCAUGUCCAUCAUCAUCGUAGGGGUGGGCAACGCGGACUUCACCGACAUGCAGAUCCUGGACGGGGACGACGGGGUCCUGCGCUCCCCGAAGGGGGAGCCCGUCCUCCGGGACAUCGUGCAGUUCGUCCCCUUCAGAGAGUUCAAGAACGCCUCGGCCACGGCCCUGGCGAAGUGCGUGCUGGCCGAGGUGCCGAAGCAGGUGGUGGAGUAUUACAGCUACAAGGCCCUGCCGCCCCGGUGUCCCAAAGCCGAUUCGCCCAACUCCACCCUCGACUCGCCCCAGUGAGGGACCACCCCUCCGGCGCCCCUGCCCUGCCGUCGUCCCUCAGCCCGGCCCACGAUGGACAAAGAAAUAAAAGGCAAAGGAGAGCAAGAGUGUGUCGCUGUCUGAAUCGUACAGGCUCCCCCCAGCAGCGAGCGCGGGGCCCCAGGCAGCCUCCCCCCCACCGCCCACAUGCCACGCUGCACCCCCUGCCUCCCCCGGCCCUCUGAAGGACCCAGACAGCGAGCUGAGCCAGCAGUGCAAAGGCACAUGAGAAGCGCGGGGGGCGGGGGGUGCCUUGCUGGUUUCUCACUCGGGCCGGGUCCCUGCUCAGUUUGACAAGGAGCUUCUGGGCGUGAUGCAGUGACCUGGCCUUGGAUGCGGAGAGGUGGGUGUUUACAGUGUGAUGGAAUCAGGCAGGCAAGGGGAGAGAGGGUGGCAGUGGCUGGUCAGCCAGCAGAGAGUGAGUGAGGGGCUGGCUGGACCGGGGGGGGUAGGGGGGAGGGACCAGAGCCCGCUGCCUCCAGGGCACUGGUUUGGUGGUCCCAGGAGUACUAGGAAUGGGAUAGGGAGCCUGGCUCGUGGGCUCCAGUGGCUGACAGCUCUUGGGUGAGUGACCCAUUUGUGCAGUGUGUUUCCUGGUUCUCAGGCAUCCCCAGCACCCAGUGUCUAAAGUGCUGGCUCAGUUCUGGAAAUAAAAUUUCUAAGUGAGCUGGGAGACUCCCUCUGACUGGCAGCUUCUCUCCCUUCCCCGCCUCCGGGGGAAGAGCAGCCAAUCAGAUCUGCUGCAGGGAAUACACACCUAUGCACCCAAUGUUGAGGCCCCUCUGUCCGCUCCCACGCUGCAUGAUUUCCCAUCUUCUGCCCAGAACGCGGCUGGCAUCCCCAGCCCUGGACCAGCAGCCUCCCUGACUGUGGAUCAUGUCAGCAUCCCCCAGGGGUAGCCCCUGCUGCCUGUCAAAGAAACCCGGAGAGCAACCUGACCAUCCUUUGCAAUGGGUCUGGAGUGGCCUCUUACCUGGCUGGCUUGUGCCCAGCACAGCAGACGUGCCAGGGGCCCCAGUGCAUUGGGCUGAGGCCAGGUGAGAACUCCCAAGUGGCGUGAGCUGCCCCCAUAACAUGGCGCGUGCGAGCUGAUGACAGUUCUGCUGCUGCCUCUGUCUGCCUCUCUCACCUGAGACUGCACAGAGUGGGGCCCAUGUCCUGCCCCCCCUGCACUGCGCUGAGCCCCAGGAGCAGCUGGUUGCUGGGCAUUGCCCAGCCACCCUUUGCAUAUCAUAUCCGAGUAUUUUAAUGAACAACAAAAAUAACCAGGAAAAUAUAUUAACCCCCAUCUUGACUGGCAGGGUCUGGUCUGCUAGGAGCCCCUCCCACCUCCGACAGCAGAGCAAUCUCAUGGCAUGGGGGGAGAGAACAAACAGGGAGCUCGGUCCGACCCAAGGGACGGCCGCUUUGCUGGCAUUGCCUCCAGCCUGUGCAGCGAAGCAGUGACGUAGGCGUGGCUAGGCCAAAGCUGCCAGUGAAAGGGAUCCCCGACCGCUCAGUGUUGCCCCGCUCGUCCAUUUCACUUCCCUGUCAAGUGCAUGAUGCUAGCUGGGCUCAUUCACGUUGCCAGUGGAGGUGCUGUUCCCAGCUGUGCAUAUUUCUCCGUGUACCGUGUGCUUGUCUGUCACUU